AUGCCGUACAAGUUGUCAUGGCUUAAAAAAGGAUCAGAGGUGAAUGUUUCCCCACGCUGUUUAGUGCCUUUUUCGAUGGGUUCCCGGUAUGUGGAUAAAGUAUGGUGCGACAUAGUUGCGAUGGAUGCUUGUCAUUUAUUACUAGGCCGGCCGUGGCAAUUUGAUCGCAAUGUCUCUCAAGAUGGCAAGCAAAACACGUAUAGCUUUAUGUUUGAGAAGGUCAGGAUUGUACUAUAUCCUGGGCGAGGAAACAAAGCCAAAACUAGUGUGGAUGAUGGUACGAGUUUAUUGGCUCGGUAUGACUUCAUCGGUGAGGUAAUAGAAACGAGGCUUAUCUUUGUAGUAGUGGGUAAAGAGAAUGGUGUGGGUUCAGGAAUACCACCGACCGUUCAAGAAUUAAUCACUGAACUUUUUGAUAUAUUCCCGGAUGACUUACCGUGGGGCUUACCACCAUUACGUGAUCAACAGCAUCAAAUUGAUCUUAUGUUGGGAGCCAGUUUGCCCAACCGCCCAUAUUAUCGUAUGAGUCCCAAAGAGCAUGAAGAAUUACGUCGGCAAGUUGAGGAGUUAUUGAGUAAGGGUCAUAUCCAAGAGAGUCUUAGUCCUUGUGUUGUACCAGCCCUGCUCACACCAUAG